AUGGCGAUCGUUGAGAGAAUACAAGAUUAUGGCUCAAGGACAAAGCCAUUUCUUGGAGGAUGGAGGAAUAUCGUUACCGGCUUGAUCUAUCACAAUGCUUGCACGCAAACACGCAGCGACGACGGAACGAAAAGUAGGAUCACACAGACCAUUGCGGUCGUGGACACGGUCACUGACGUCGUCCACGAUCAGGCGGUGCAGGUGGAGGCGAUGCAAUUUUUGCCCGAUGCACGUGACAGAAUUAUAGUACCUGGAAUUUUUUCCUUUAGAACACCGGCAUCGAUCGAAGAGAUCAAAUCAUUAUCUUGUCAGGAUAAUAGUAGAAUUCUUAAUAAUAUUAUUAAAAUACAGAGAUGUUAUAGGGCUUAUCGAGCUAGAGUGGCGGCCAGAGCGAACAUUUUCCAAGUGGCUGAUGUUUCUCGAUGUGAUGAGGCGAACGUGAUCGAGCAUGCAGAAUGUUCUCAGAUGUUGUCCACCUACAGUGGCACGGAUUUCGUGAUACUAAAUCGCUGUCCGCCACGUACGAGUUCGGACUUUGAGUCGCUCUACAAUCUCCUAGACCGUUGGCGAAUCCUUGAGACCGAGCGAGCGAGUCUCACGCUUCUUGGAUCAUCGAAGAUCGCAGCCUGUGGCCUAAUCUUGUCAAAAGAAGUCGAGUUGUUGCGCGCUAUAGACUCCAUGAAGACCAUUGUUCGUCUCAAGAGUAGAGAACAAAAACGAUAUAGAUUCCUAGAUGAAUUAUCCAGAUCGAUUACCUGGCAGGACAGUCGCGGUCGGCCGAUUCUGGUAGACACUUUGCGUGUUCAACGAGCCCGCCAACACAGGAACGUUUAUACCUUGCUAGCCAACGAAAAUUUGUCUAUCCCAGAACGGGUCGAUUUAUUACACGACGUAAAACAGAUCGCUGACAUGCACACGUGCAGCCAAUCGCAUGAGCUCGUUUAUUUAGUUAACCAAGAGUUAGACCUUUUAACGUGUCACGUGAAUACAAGCAGACUUAAUUGGCUCAGGAAUCGACUGAAGCUGAGCUUUCUUAAGCUGGCACGCAAUACUCUGCAAGGCGAUAUCGAGGAAGACAUACAUUUGUUCGACUGGUCGAAUACCAACAUCACACGACUGUGUAGAACCUGUGGCAAGCUCUUAUCCUUAGAGAAGUUUCCUCGUGAAAGGCGACUGCGCUCUUCUUCUUGUGUCUACUGUACGUCUAUCCAAAUUCGGAAAGGCCCUCGCAUCGUGUAUGAGCCAUACGAGAGAAUGUUAUGGGAAGUCAGACGUUUCGAAGCCAAGAUGGGUUGUUAUGGCAGUUUAGCUUUUGUGAUCGGAGUCAAGGUCAUCUGUCGUUUGGUGAACAAAGUCUGGCAUGGUAGAUCAGGUAUUUCCGAGUGCGACGACCUCGACGAGCUAAGAUUGACUCGCUUCCGACGUGAGCUUGAAUGGGCGCCCUGGAAUUCCUUAUUACUGACGAAAACCGAGGUAGCAAUUCAUCACGGAAUCAUUCAUAUUGAGAGCUUCUACGACUCGUCACUCCUGCAGAAAUUUUGCAUAAAGAAUCUUCAAGCAAAAGUACAUUUCGAAUCGAUCGCUCAUGCGCGGAGAAAUAUCGUGACACCGACGGAAGAUCAAUAA